CAACUAAACCCUUGUCUCGAUGAUACUGAAGCGCUAAGAAGAAAAUUUACGCCUCUCGUGACUUUAAGAAGAAUAGUUAUUAAAAAGAAGCUUCCAACUCAUCCAUUUUAUUUUGGUGUACCUUUCACCGUAAUUAGAUAUUAAUUUCCUGUUACACUAAAUGCAGGGAAUGGAGAUGGACUGAAUUAUUAUAAAAUAUAUCAAACCUUAUCGAUAUGAUUAUUCACAAACAUAAAUAAGUAUUUUCCUUUCUACUUGACUUUCUCAUCGCUUUCACAUUUUCCACGAAAUUGCUCAUGUAUCAAGCACCAUAUACAUAUACCAAACCCUCAUAGAGAGUGAAGAGCACAAGCUUCUUAUUUUCCUUUGUUUUUGUUCCCAAUGGCUUCCACGAGCACACACAGUGUGUGUUUGUCUUCUAACCCUAUCCCUAGAUGGAAUUACGAUGUUUUCCUGAGCUUCAGAGGUGAAGACACUCGCAAGAACUUUGUGGACCACCUGUUCGAUGCUUUGUCCCAGAGAGGAAUCUACACCUUCAAAGACGACGAACAACUCAGAAGAGGAGAGGAAAUUUCACCAGCACUACUGAAAGCGAUCGAAGAAUCUAGAUUCGCUCUCAUAGUUUUCUCCAAAAACUAUGCUUCCUCCAAGUGGUGUUUGGAUGAACUCGUCAAAAUUGUUGAAUGCAAGAAGACGAUGGGUCAAACAGUGAUACCAGUGUUCUAUGAUGUGGAUCCUUCGGAAGUAAGGAAACAAACAGGGAUUUUUGGAUCAGCCUUUGAGAUUCAUGAGAAAGAUUUCAGUGGGAACAUGGAGAAAGUGCAGAGGUGGAAGACUGGCCUGGUGGAAGCAGCAAAUAUAAGCGGAUACAGCGUUCCGGAUACAGCAAACGGUAAUUACAACAAAUUUAGCGCAUUCUUAUUUCAUUCACUUCUCUCGCAUGAGUCAAAAUGUAUCGUACAAAUAGUUGAAGAGAUUUUCAAUAAACUGAAUAAUAAACUGAAUAAACUGGAAUCAUUGUUGUGUGAAGGGUUGGAUGAGGUUCAUUUUAUAGGAAUAUGGGGAAUGGGGGGAAUAGGAAAAACAACUACUGCCAAAGCUGUUUAUGACCGGAUCUAUCAUCAGUUUGAGGGUAGCUGCUUUCUCACAAAUGUAAGAGAAGUCUCAGAAAGACAAGGUCUGGAAGCUUUACAAAAACAACUCCUAUCUGAAAUCCUUAUAGGGAGUAAUAUAAAGAUAACAGACACUGUUAGAAGAGCAAACAUAAUAAAAUCCAGACUAAGUUUUAAAAGGGUUCUUAUCGUUCUUGAUGAUGUGGAUAAACAGAAGCAACUAGAUGCAAUAGCUGGAGAGCAUGGUUGGUUUGGCGUUGGGAGUAGAAUCAUCAUAACAACAAGAGAUAAACAUUUGCUAACUGCUCAUGGAGUGAAUGAAUGUCACACAGUUGGGGAAUUGAAUAAAGAUGAAGCUAUCCAGCUCCUUUCUUGGAAAGCCUUCAAACAAAGUUUUCCUUCUGAAGGUUAUUUGGAGCUGUCAAACCGGAUAGUAGAUUAUGCCGGUGGUCUUCCAUUAGCUCUUAAAAUUUUGGGUUCUUUUCUAUAUGGUAGAACAACGGAUGAAUGGAAAAGUGCAUUGAUAAAGCUGCAUAGAAUUCCUAACAAAGACAUUCUUCAAGUGCUUAAAAUCAGUUUCGACGGACUGGAUGAAAUGGAGAAAGAAAUUUUCCUUGACAUUGCAUGUUUCUUCAAAGGGAAACACCAGUGUUAUGUAACAAGAAUACUCGACAGUUGCGGCUUCUGCCCUGGGAUUGGAAUACCUGUUCUUAUAGAAAAGUCUCUCAUAACUAUUUCAAAAGAUCAGUUUUGGAUGCAUGAUUUGAUACAAGAAAUGGGUUGCUAUAUUGUUCGUCAAGAAUCUCAAGAGUCUAGAAAAUGUAGCAGAUUGUGGCUUCGAGAGGAUGUUUGUUAUGUGUUGACAGAAAAUACAGUACGAGGGACAGAAAAAAUUGAAGCCAUAUGCUUGGAACUCCCUGAACCAAAAGUUUUUGACCUUAAUUCUGAAGCCUUCACAAAGAUGAAGAAACUAAGGCUAUUCAAAGUCCACAAUGUGGUGUUCAGUAAAGGCCCUGCAUAUCUUCCAAAUGAGUUGCGGUUGCUUGAUUGGCAUGCAUACCCUUCAGACUGUCUGCCAGCAAGUUUUCAGGCAGAGAAUCUUGUUGAACUGAGGAUGUGUUAUAGCAGCAUUAAACAACUUUGGAAGAAAAUAAAGGUUCGUCAAGGGAGCUUUGUUGGAGUAGACAUGGCUAGCGGAGGAGACCACCAAGUCCACAUCUUAGAGCAGAGCUUGGAGGAGAAGCUUGCCACACACUUGGUCUACACGGAGACUAAGUUUAAUAGGCUCGAGAGAAGGAUGGCGGAGCUCUACGAGCUGAUUGAUGGCAUCGCCAACAAGGCGCAAGAGAAGGAAAGGGACUUGCAUGAUCUGGUAGACGACUUGCGCGUGGAGAUUGCCGAGUGCAAGAAGGAAUUCUCCCAGGCGCGCGAGGUCGUGAUCGAGGAUGAUGAGGAGAAGGUGCAGACAGGCACUAUGUACCUCACGGACACUGCCGCUCUAUGGUGGAGGCAGCGUUUCACCGGUAGAGGCGCAAGAGUAGUUGACACAUGGGAGGAGUUUAAGAGGCAGCUCAAGAGGCAGUUCUAUCCCGAGUGCGUUGAGGACCUCGCCAUGAUCAACCUAAGGCGCCUGAAGCAGAAGGGCAGCAUAAGGGAGUAUGUGAAGGAGUACUCCAACUUGAUGCUGGAGAUCCCAGAGAUGCCGGAGCGGCAACGCGUGUGCUUGUUCAUUGAUGGGUUGCAGUCUUGGGUAGCCACAGAGCUGAGAAGGAGGGAGCCUAGAGACUUGGCAUCCGCAAUGGCUAUAGCGGAGCGCCUUGAAGACUUUAGGCACGAUGACAAGAGGGCCACGUCUCCCAGGAGGGACCACGGUAAAGGUGGGGGAGACCGUCGCUUCAAGAAAAGGGGCUCGCCCAAGUCAAGUGAUGAUGAGCACAGCGAUGAGGAGAGACGCCCACGCCAUGAUAAAGGCAAGGACCAUGGAGAGAGGUCUAAGGCUAGUGGCAAAGGGGAGCGCCGCGAUAAGGGCAAGUGGGAGCCGAAGUGCUACUUGUGCGAAGGGCCGCACAUAUUGCGACACUGCCCCAACAAGAAGACCAUGAGCGCCCUUGUGAAGGAUAAGGGCAAGGGCAGGGUGGACGAUGCGGGCAGCGAUGAAGAUAGGUGCAUGGGGGCUAUGCAGAUGCUGAGUAGCAUGGCGCAUGACACCAAGAAGAAGGGCAAGGAGGCGCAACGACUUGGCUUGGAGAUGCGCAAGACGGAGGGCUGGAUCAAGGCCGUCAACUCCGAGGAGGCACGCGUGAGUAGAGUGUGCAAGGAGGUGGAGCUAUGCAUGCAAGGAUGGAAGGGCAAGGCUGACUUCCAAGUUGCAGAGAUGGACGACCACGACAUGGUGCUGGGGCUGGAGUUCAUGGACAGGAACAACGCCGCGCCACUACCAUGCCUUGGUGCGUUGAUGAUACUUGGAGGCGAGGAAGGCAAGGCCGCAUGUAUGGUGCCGCUCGUGGGCAGGAAGGAGAGUUCAGAGGUGGCAGUCAACACGAUGGAGCUAGUGAGGAUUUCACAUCUCCCGAAGGGCGCUCCCCGUGACACUAUGGCCAAGUUGAAAGUCAUCAAUCUUAGUCACUCCCAUAGGCUAUCCAGGACCCCGGACUUCACAGUUAUUCCGAAUCUGGAAACACUAAUUCUUGAGGAUUGUACGAGUUUGGUAGAGGUUCACCCAUCCAUUGGAGUUUUCAAUAGGCUUGUCGUUCUAAGUUUGAAAGACUGCAAAAAUCUGAAGAGAUUUCCAAAUGGUAUUCACUUGAAAUCUCUUGAGACUUUUAUUCUAUCAGGCUGCUUGAAAUUAGAAAAGUGUCCCGAAAUCUUGGGGGAUAUGGUAUGUUUAUCAGAACUUUAUUUGGGUAGAACUUCCAUAAAAGAACUGCCAUCAUCAAUUGAACGUCUCACUAUCACAUGCCUUUGCCAUGUCAUGCUUAACUGCCAUAAACUUAUUUUCCUCCCCCUUCUAGUUUUAAAAAUGCACCACUUCUUGUGCAUUAAGUAUUUUAUCAGUGAUCAACCUUUCUGGAAUUAA